AUGGUUCAAGUGACAACUCGGAGUACUGUAUGUAGACGAGGAAAGGAAAAUGGUUCGCGAGAUAAAAUUUCCAAAGAGAGUAAUGAGGCAAAAUACAAAACAAAUGGAUUCCGGGCGCGCGGGCAGUGGAAGGGGAGUAGAAAGAGUGCGACACGACAGCCAAUGAAUGAAUUCUUGUUUAUUCAAUAA